AUGGAUUCAGACACACUGCAGGUCUUCCAGAGUGAACUCACCUGCUCCAUCUGCAUGAACUGCUUCCUGGACCCCGUCAGCAUAGACUGUGGGCACAGCUUCUGCCGUCCCUGUCUGAGCCUUUGCUGGGAAGAAGGCCAGACUCCAAGGAGCUGCCCUGAGUGCAGGGGAAUAGCAGAGAGGCCCCAUUUCAAAACCAAUAUUGUCCUCAAGAGGCUGGCUUCCCUUGCCAGACAGGCCAGAGCUGACCACGACCACCGCUCUGAGGAGCAGAUCUGUGAGACACACCAGGAAGCCAGAGGCCUCUUCUGUGAGGCUGACCAGACCCUGCUCUGCGGGCCCUGCUCUGAACGCCCCGAGCACGCAGCUCACAGCCACAGUCCCAUACACGGGGCUGCUGAGGAGUCCCGGGAGAAACUUCUAAAGAGAAUGGGCUCUUUAUGGAAAAUCAGAGAAGAAAUGAAAAUCAUUCUGAACCAGGAAGCUAAAAAAACAAGGUCAUUUAAGAACUAUGUGUCCUUAAGGAAGAAGAUGAUUAUAGCUGAAUAUCAGAGGAUGCUUCUGUUGCUCCGGGAAGAGGAGCAACUGCAUCUGGAGGCCCUGGAGCAAGAAGCCAAGGAGAUUUGUGAACAACUCAAGGAGAGUGUGCUCAGAAUGACUCAGUACAGAGAACAUCUGAAAGACAUAUACAGAGAGCUGACUGCGAUGUGCUGCAAGCCGGACAGGGAGCUGCUCCAGGUGAGAAAGGAGGUAGAUUCAUGGACUGACUUGGCAGAGAUGCAGAAGCCUCAGCCAGUGAACCCAGAGCUCACUUGCUGGCCUGUCACUGGAAUCCUAGACAUGCUGAACAACUUCAGAGUGGAUAACAUUCUGAGUCAGACAAUGACCAUUCACCACAUGAGCCUUUCUGAGGAUGAAGAUGAUGCAAGUGUGAUGUUCAGAGAUGAGCACCACGGCACGUCCAGACAACCUCAGAUUGUGGAGAGUGUCGUGUCCUGGGGAGUUCGGGCCUUCACCUCUGGGAGGCAUUACUGGGAGCUGGAUGUGACGCACUCCUCCAGCUGGAUUCUGGGCACCUGCAAAGAUAUCUUGAUAACUGAUACUAAUAUCAGCAUUUAUUCUGAAGAAGCAUGUGUUCUGUUUUCCAAGAAGGUGAACAAUCAUUAUAGUCUCUUCACCAACACCCCACCCUACAUUCAGUAUGUGAAAAGGCCUCUGGGUAGGAUUGGGGUGUUUCUGGAUUAUGACAAUGGAACUGUGAGCUUCUAUGAUGUUUGCAGAGGAUCCCUCAUAUACAGUUUCCUUCCUUCCCCUUUUUCCUUCCCUCUGAAGCCUUUCCUUUGUCUUAGGAAAAUGGACUCAGAAAUCCCAGAAGCCUUCGAGAAGGAUCUCACCUGCCUCGAUCUGGUGUCCACUGUCAGAAAAGCCAAUCUCAGGCAAUCCCUGAAGUGUGAGGAACAGCUGUGUGGGACCCACCAGCAGACAAAGACGAUCUUCUGUGAAGCCGGCAAGAGCUUGCUCUGUUUGGUCUGCUCUCAAGGUCAGGAGCACAAGACUCACAGACAUUGUCCCACUGAAGAGGCUGCUGAGGAAUCCUGGGAAUUGGGAGACAAACUGAAAUGGGGUGAGUCAGCAAAGCUGCACGUGCCUCAGCCUCUGCUCCCAGAACUCCCUGCGCGACCCAUGGCCGGGCUGAUGCACUGGCUCCACCGCUUCCGGGGUGAGUGUCACCCCACCGGUGCGUCUUCCCUGCAGGGUCCCUCAAUGUUGGUUUCUGCAGACAGUCUUUCCCUCUUCAUCUCGCAGCUUGUGCAGAACAGCCUGCAAAUAGGCAGCAGGAGUAAUGGAGUUGGAGUCAACUUUUCAUUCGACAAUGAAGUAAGCAGUCAGCACAUCAGGCUGUUCGAUGAUGCAAGAUGUUUGACGUAUGACUAUCCCAGCCUCCAUGCAUCUUUGGAUGGUAGAACAUCGAAGUAUUUUGCUGCAUGGGGAGCCCAGAGCUUCACCUCUGGCAAACAGUACUGGGAGAUGCUCGUGGACAGGUCUUGGGACUGA